AUGAGUCUACCAACCACAGAAGUAGCCUGUAUGCGUCCCAAGAAGCAACUGUCACCGGAUGACAGAGCGCCAAUCCAAAAUGGUCAUUAUAUACCACAACUAGACCCGAUCAAUAUGCAACUCAAGCAUUUUGUCUACGACUACAUCUUCAAACAUACGGGACCUUGCAUCGCUACAGAUUGGCAGUGUACUGUGAGCAUCACUGGCCGCAUGCCCGAGAUUCUAAAUCCAAUUGAAAGUAUCAUGCGGAAAACCCGUGAGACUGAUUAUAUCAAAUUCGCUGAACCAAUUUGUAUCUUCGAAUGCGAAGUAUAUCACAACUCACCCACCAAGCAAGCUUAUGAUAGAGAAAUUGGCAUGAAGAUGACGGAGUUCGUUAAGCGACAUGAAGAUAUUAAUGUAGCUAGCGAAGUAGUUCCUAGUUAA